AUGGCAGUGUUCUCGCACGUGUUCCUGUGGAACACAGCGACUCUGACAGAGGGAGACAUCACGGCUCUGAUGGAGAUCAUAAUGGUAUCCAAGGGCACCAUCCGGCAGCCCAAAGAGAAGCAGAUCAAAUGGAGGAUCUUGGAAUGUGAGGCCAGCGCGGGAAAUGAAGCCAUCCGGUUGAAAUUCAAGACUUGA